GUAUAUAUCAUAAUUCGCAGCUAUCACCUUGGUUGUCUGUGUAUGCGACAACUAAUGGCAAUUAAUUGAGGUAGGCACGAUGUUGAAUACAUUCGAAAAAAAGGAAUAAGGGCGAAUAUGUUUGGAGGCACUGUUGCUUUGUAAAUUAUUGUCCAAACCAAGUCUCGACUGUUGGCAAAGAUGUACUCGCUUGUGAGAGUAAGUAGCGCGCCUUUUAUUAUAAUUGCCUUUAUGAGCUGACAGUGAUGUCUUUCUCUCCAUCGCUUCUAUUUAACCCCCGCUUGCCAUUAUUGUCUAGUUUUACAAUCUCCUUUUAUCCAUGUAUUGAACAUCUGUCUUUUAUUUUUUAUUUUGUUACUCUUUACAAAUUUAGCUUUAAACAGAAAGCGUACAUACUCUUUACAAGCACCAUAUCUGCAAUCCAAUUCACCUUAACGCCUAAAGGUAAGAUGUUGAGAAAACCUUCUAAAUCAUCUAUACAAGGUAUGACGCCUGUACAAACCAAUCAUUUUAACCAGUAUAAAACGCACAAGAGUUCGAGUUUUUACAAUAUUAUUUCAAACAAAAGUGGCGACAAAAUAUAUGGCUACAAAGAUGACCUGUUGCAUGACAUGGUUGUAUUUAUCCAAAAAAAAUACGGCAAAUUGCUUAAAUUGGAAGUGUGCUAUUUAAUUGGAAAUCCUAUUGAUAUAAUUAAUACUUUUGAUAUGGAUAAUGGUACAUUUGAAAGUUUAUUUAAAAAAAAACAGCCUAUUGAUAUAAUUAAUACUUUUGAUAUGGAUAAUGGUACAUUUGAAAGUUUACUUAAAAAAAAUACAUUUAUUCUGUGCAAAACUGAAAAAAAUGGCAAAUUUGCCCUGCAAGCCGAUAUUCCCUUAGGUGUUAAAAUUGAAAAAAUAUGUGGAUCCAACUGGAAAAGAUGCGAAAAAACGACCACGGAUUAUAAGAAAUAAUUGACCACACGGCAUAUAUUGUCUUUCGUAUAAUUUUUUAGUUUAGUUUUUUACUGUGCAUUUUAGUCGCAACUGUUAAAAUAUAAAUUGU